AUGCUGGCCCUGCCCUGCGAGGACCAGGCUGAGGAGGGGGAGGACAAGGACGGGGAGCUUUGGUUCGAUGGCAACUGUGCAGCAGCGCUGGAGACCGUGGAGCUGGCAGCAGCUGGGGAGGAGGAGGAGGGGGCCGGGGGGGGGUCGCAGCCGCUGAUGCAGCUGAAGGUGACGGCGCUGAUGAGCGCCCGGCUCUGCGAGUCGGUGUCGCGGCGGCUGCGGGAGGGCGGCAGCGAGCUGACGGCGGCGCGGCUGGAGGCGCUGAUGGGGGGAGAGGCCGCCUCCUUCCCGUUCCUGAGCCCAGCCCAGAACCGACACCUCACGCUGUCGCUGCAGCGCUUGGACCGAGUGGCCUCGAGUGCCGUGGCCAGGGGUGUCGGGGUGCUGGUGGACGCUGAGGGCACCGAGGUGAACCCGGCGCUGAGCCUGGCGACCGCGGCGCUGGCCGGGCGCCACAACCGCCACGGGGCCUGGGUCUGGAACACCUACCAGGCCUACCUCAGGGACGGGCCGGGGCGGCUGCAGGAGGAGGCGGAGCUGGCGGCGCGCCGCGGGCUGUGCUUCGGGGCCAAGCUGGUGCGCGGCGCGUACCUGGAGCGGGAGCGGCUGCGGGCGGAGCAGAGCGGAGCCCCCGACCCGCUGCAGCCCGACCGGGCCGCCACCGACCGCAGCUACCACCAGUGCCUGGACACGGUCCUGCCGCUGGUCGCCCGCCGCCCGCAGCGCUUCCGCCUCAUGGUGGCCACCCACAACGAGGCCUCGGUGCUCUACGCCGCCAGGAGGAUGGAGGAGCUGGGCAUCGAGCGCGGCGGCGGCGCCGUGAGCUUCGGGCAGCUGCUGGGGAUGUGCGACCACGUCUCGCUGGCCCUGGGCUCAGCCGGCUACGCCGUGUACAAGUCGGUGCCCUGGGGCCCGGCCGGGGCGGUGCUGCCGUACCUGGCGCGGCGCGCGCGGGAGAACCGGCGGCUGCUGCGGGACGGAGCCCGGGAGAGGCGGCUGCUGGCCGGGGAGCUGCGGCGCCGCCUCACGCCCUGGGCCUGA